AUGGCAAGCAGCGAGCCUACAGUACUUAUCAUAGGCGCUGGUACCUUUGGCGCGUCUACUGCCUAUCAUUUGGGCAAACAAUACAAAGAUCCAUCUCGGAUUACCAUCGUCGACCAAUGGGAUAGCAAUACAUCCCUAAAACAAAAGCAAGCGGCAGCCAUCGACACUAAUCGCAUUAUCCGCACCGACUACGAGUCACAUCUUUACUGCAAUCUCGCCAAUGAAGCUAUUCAUUUUUGGUUCUGGAGCAUAGCAGUACAAGGUCAUUUCCACAAGACCGGUUGGGUCGUGCUAGACAAAAAGAAUGGUACUUUUGGCGAUGCGAUAAGGAAGACGUUUGUUGAGAGAGGAGGUGACUACACGCGCGAUCUAGAACCACAAGAGCUGGACAAGUACGCUGUAACGAAAGGCAUCAAGAGUGAAGAAUAUGGAAAGGGCUAUUUCAAUCGUGAAGCGGGCUGGUGCGACGCAGAAAAAGCAACGCAAAGCUUCACGAAGGUUGCACUAGAGCUUGGGGUCAAGAGGGUGACUGGAGACGUGCAGGAGUUAUUAUUGAGCGCCGACCAACGUAGUCUAGCUGGUGUAAAGCUGAGAGAUGGUCAAGUUUUGAAAGCCGACAAGAUCGUGUUGGCAGCAGGAGCAUGGACCAGCUCUCUGAUGUCGCCGAUCGAAGAUGCUCUGAAGAUCCAGGAGCAAGACCGUAUCGAGCGCCAAAUCACCGCUGUAGGACGCGUCUCUGCAUACUAUACACUGAACGAACAAAACACACAGAGCAUGAUCGACGAAACAGUACCUGUGAUUGUCAUUGGUGGAGAGGUCGACAUUAUCCCGCCCUCGCAGCCAAACCGAACGCUUAAGAUUAAUGACAUCAAAACUGAAGUCAUCAACACGGUUACCACCCCUUCUGGCCAUAAAAUUACUAUGCCAUCUCGAAGGAACCAGAACGACGUCCCUGAGAGACUGAAGCGUGAAAGCGCGCAGAUCAUGCACAACGCCAUGCCGGAAUGGACUCGCAGCAAAAAACCAGACCGAUGGCGAAUUUGCUACGACGCUGUUACACCAACCGAAGACUGGCUGAUGUGUCGACACCCUCAUGAAAGGCUCGCCAACUUGUACCUCGCCGUUGGUGGUAGCUUUCAUUCGUACAAAUUCCUCCCUGUCGCCGGCGCAUACAUGUGCAACGUACUAAGCGGCAAGGGCAACGGUGAGGAGAAAGACACUGCCUGGAAGUGGAAGAGCGCCGAAGAACUGUCAUGUCGCAAGGGUAAGGAGUUUGGUGAAAGUCCAAGAGAUUGCGAUAAGAAAGAGUUGAGUGAAUAUGAGGAGGGAGCAGCAUCAAAGUUAUGA